AUGUGGAUCUACAAUAUUGUGCGCGGCCGCCAGUCUAUAGGGAAGGCCAUAGGCAUUCUUGAAUUUGCCUGUCGAAUCUUAGCCGCUAAUCCCGAGCUGCUUGCUCUUGGUUUGGGUGCCCUGGUUUGCGUUGUUUCCUGGACGUGGAUCUGGAUGCUGAUGUUCACUCGUGUCUUCUUGGGCGGCCAUCUUGUUAGCUCGAAAUCGUUUCUUAUUGACGUGGGUAGUUGGUGGCUCGGCAUCUAUUUCGUUCUUGUUUAUCUAUGGUCGAUCGGUAUCAUUGCAGGCAUCCAGCGUGCUGUCACGGCCGCAACAGUGAGCCAGUGGUAUUUCCACCGUUUGGCCACACCCGCACCCACCUCGAGGCAAAUUGUUCAGGCAGCCAUCGUUCACGCCGCCACAACUCUCUUUGGCACGAUCUCUUUGUCCAGACUACUAGGGCUACUGGUUCGACUUCCUCUUAUACUGCUACCAGGUCGCAUCUCCUCGUUGCUCAGUCUAUUCGCCUAUUCACUCGUCCCCACCCCAAUUACUUACUUGACCAAUCCUCUUUCUCUCACCUAUGCAGCGAUUCAUUCGCAACCUCUUGCUGCUUCCUCCCGGGGUUUGAGCCAAAUGACUACCCUUGCUCCAUCGGCCGCCUCAAGCUCUUUACACCCUCGCUCCUAUUCUCGGUCCCCCGGGAGCUCGGAGUCUCUACUGUCAUAUCGGCUGUCCAAAUUGAUUCUCUACGCUGCCCGUUUCAUGAUGUCCUUGGCUUUAGGGUUCGGUGGUUGGGUGACCACUGCUCGGGGCCUGACAACCUCUGCGUCCGGUGGCACCACUCGUGGCAGUAUUUAUGCCUACGUUGUCGGCCUUAUCGCUGGAACAAUUGGUUGGACAACACUGGGUGCAAUGGAAGGCGUCAUCGCAGAUAUUGUAGAUGCAGCAGUGAUUUGCUGGGCAAGCGAAGUCGGCAUUUACGGCAGAGAAGCCCGGUAUUGCCGCGAGGCUGGUUGGCUCUUUGGGGACUCGCAGCCUCGCUUUGGACAUGAAUAUCAAGAGGUCUAA